GUUUCACUUCCGCCUUUAGGAAUAAAGCACUGAAUCAUGAGUGUUUUCUUCUGUUACGAGGUUUGAACUGUUGCGUUACAGCGACCUGGCUGGACAUCAUUUCUAUCCGCUUUUUUGUUUCUUUAUCGCGCACGAAUGCCUUUGUGUGCACCGUUUUCGGCGCUGUAAGAUCUACUUUAUCUGUAACUAGCUCGCUAGCCAGGAAACAGGAACUUGCUGUAAAGCUACCUAAAGUCACCUGGUCAGCUUCAGCUAGUUUACUUUCAUAUUGCUCCAUCGUGUCUUAUACAUCAGCUUGAAAAGGGUAUGUUCUUGUAGUCAUGGCCCAGCUGAUAUGUUGGAGAUUGCUCGCUUUUUUUGUCCUGAUGGCCACUUCAGCACAAGCAAGUGAGAACACAAAGAGGUGCCGUUUGGUCCAGGAAAAUAAAUCAGAGAGAAAAGUGCUCAGUUUCCUGGAGCCACUCACCAAUCAGAAUUUUACAACUACAUCCAAAGUGGAAAAUGAGGAGUACACGUACGUGUUCCAGGUGUGUGGUGAUGCAGACGGGAUGAAAGAUGCAGGAGUGAUUCAAAGGGACAAGGAAGGCAAGAAAGUGCUUAUUGGGAAUUACAGUUUAACACAGGCUGUCAGAGGAACUGACUGGAUAUUGCUGUUCUACCUGGGUGGGGAGAAAUAUCAUGAGCAUUGUUCACAGGAGUCCAGGAAAGCCAUGAUCAUGAUUUCCUGCGACAGAACGAAAACUCUGGGACAGCUGUCAGUGGUUCUGGAGGACAGAGAGAGGGGCACUGAUUGUUUUUACUUGUUCGAGUUGGACAGCAGUGCCGUGUGUCCUGAGAUUGAAUCCAGACUCAGCACUGGAUCCAUACUUCUCAUUGUUUGCUGCUCAUGCUUGGCUGUCUACCUCAUAUGUGGAUUUCUCUACCAGCGAUUGAUUGUUGGAGCAAAAGGAGUUGAACAGUUUCCAAACAAAGGGUUUUGGUCAGAAAUAGGCAACUUGUCAGCUGAUGGAUGUGACUUUGUGUGCCGCUCCCGUGGCAGCAGAGAAGAGCCACCCACUUAUAGGGGCGUUACUGCUGAGACUUUAGAAGAGCCAGAGGAAAGAGAUGACCAUUUACUUCCAAUGUGAUCAUGGCAUGUAAUCGAGUGAGCUGAACACUGGGUUGUCCAGGUGUAGGCCAGGAAGGCUUCUCUGUGUGUCAGUUGUUUAAUGCACUUAUCUUUAUGCAUUUCCUAUAUUGCUCUUAGACAUUUACAAGAAAGUGCUGAGCUUCAAAAACAUUUUAUGUUACUCUUUGUAAAUUUGAAAAUAUGCAGCAAAACUGUUAACAGCUUUUGAUUUGUGUGUUUUGUUUUGGACAAACUUUACAAUUGUCAUUUAUCCAAAAAGAUGUAUAAAUAAUUAUGUUUCUUUACAGUUUUUGAUAGUAGACCUGUGCACACACAUUUCAUCAUUCAAAUUCUAUUUAUGCCUAAAGAAGCCUACAGAUUGUAUCAUUAUGGAUUGGCUAAGUGGUUUAUUAUUACUUGUUAUUUUCAGUCAAUAUUUGAUAUUAAUGCACUGCUUCUGCCCCACCAGGCGUUCCUAACUGUAAAUAUGGACUACAUUGAUUUAACGGUUACUUCUGCAUUCUGGUGUUACUGUGGGCCACUGAUAUGGCAGGGAGUGAUUCAGUUUGUGGCUCUGAGUGAAUGAAAACACUGGAAAACACACUGCAGCACUAAAGUAUACUUGUACAUUGUAAAGUGUACAAUGAAUUACACUUUUUUUAAUAUAUAAUAUUAAAUAUUAUUAUGAAUGUUUCUGUGAGGAAGGCUGAUAAGCCAAUGGGGAGGAUGGCACUGUAUGUGAUAAUGAAAAUUCUAAGGAUGAAUGUCUUUAAAUGACAAGGUUUACUCUUUGACUAAAGACUAUCCGUUGAAAUUUGGAAAAAAUACGUUGGAAAAAUGUAUCUGGAAAGCAAGCCUAUUUGUUAAUUGCAAGUAUUUGUGGAAUUAUCAGUUCUGUUUCUCCUUUUAGGCAUUUAAAUAAGAACUUGGUACAAUUAUGAGAGGAGGAUUGUACUGUGAAUAUCUGCACAAAAUAGAAUAAAAUUUAAAACAAAUUAGACCUUAAAAAAAGCACUUCCAAAGUUAUAUAAUAGUGACAGUGUUUGCACUUAAGCUUUAUUGAACCGUGAUGUUCUUUUAAAUUUGGUAUAACAAAAUACUUGCUUAUGUACUCAUAAUAUAGUUUAAUGGCUUACAUCCCCCUCUCCUCAUAACUAAAACAGUAUCUGGGAAAAGGGUUCCAAUAUAAGACCAGAGCUCUGUCUGUUUCUAGGAACCUGGUUCUGUGUCAGACUGUAUCAACAGAUUAGCAUACAAACUACUAAUAUGACUAAUUUGCAGUAGUCAUAAUCACAUGGUACAACUCAAAAUGUUUUGUAAAUUUUGACAAGUUUAUGAAAGUCUGUUCAUCCAAACUGAAUAUAAACUGACUUUUUUAUGCUGCAGUGAAAUUAGAUUGAAUAAAGCUUUUGAUGAUCA